AAUGCACUUAUGUGUCUGCAAGCCGCCGCAAGAAGAAGAAUAUGAUGCAGCGCUGGAGUCAUCUUCUUUAAGUUAAUUUGAGUAUAGGUUAAAAUAAUAGUAUAGCCUAUACAAAUAAUAGACAAUAAUACAACGUCUCUUUUUCGAUUAAUAUAAAAUAAAAAUCGAGCCAGUGUUGUAUAAGUCAUAGUUAAGGCUGCAGCGCAAUGGCAAACCGUAACCUAAAACAGGUGAAUAUUCAAAACAAUGCUAACGUUACAUCCCCGCACCCGCAGAAUGUGAAGCACAGCGCGGAAUCUUCCCCAGAUCCCAGCGAAAAGAUGGAGGCGGCUGCUCCAUCACCGCGGGACUCUAGUCCUGCAAACACUGCGCCUCAAGAGAUGGCUUUAGACCCCAAGAACUUCAGGAGACCCGGGGAGAAAACAUUCACUCAGCGGUGCAGACUGUUUGUUGGUAAUCUCCCAUCAGAUAUGACGGAGGAAGAUUUCAAGAAGCUUUUCUCCAAAUAUGGCGAGGCAAAUGAGGUUUUCAUCAACAGAGAUCGAGGAUUCGGCUUCAUACGCCUGGAGACAAGGACACUUGCAGAGAUUGCUAAGGCUGAGCUGGACGGCACGGUGCUGGGGAACAGGCCCAUCCGGAUUCGUUUUGCCACCCAUGGGGCUGCACUCACAGUACGAAACCUCUCACCAGUGGUGUCUAAUGAGCUUCUUGAACAGUCCUUCUCACAGUUCGGCCCAGUUGAGCGGGCAGUCGUGGUGGUUGAUGACCGAGGACGACCCACAGGCAAGGGAAUUGUGGAGUUUGCCAAUAAGCCUGCUGCUCGAAAAGCCUUGGACCGCUGUGCAGAUGGAGCCCUUUUGCUUACAAUGUCCCCUCGUCCAGUCAUUCUUGAGCCAACAGAACAGUUUGAUGAUGAAGAUGGUCUACCAGAAAAACUGUUGCAAAAAUCAGCACAGUAUCACAAGGAACGGGAGCAUCAGCCACGCUUUGCACAGCCUGGCACCUUUGAGUUUGAGUACUCAUCUCGCUGGAAGGCUCUGGAUGAGAUGGAGAAACAGCAGAAGGAACAAGUUGAACGGAACAUACAGGAGGCAAAAGAGAAAUUGGAGGCUGAAAUGGAGGCUGCCAAACAUGAGCAUCAACUCAUGAUGAUGAGACAAGGUAGUAUGUAUAUUCGUUUUCUAAAAGAGACCCUUAUUUUGCCCACCAUAAUGUUGUGAGAGAAAUGCUUAAAG